UCUCUCUUUUUGUUCCCCCUAGGUUUGUGGAUACCGCCCGGCUGGGCUUCAUGGAGAAAUCUUCCCUGAUCACCAAUCUGAAUCCCAGAGCAGUCUCCAUCUUUCCAUGGACAGAAUGAGAGGCCUUCUGUAACCAGACAUAACUGGCCAUCAUGGGGAAACUGAUCAGGAUGGGGUCACAGGAGAGGCGGCUACUCCGGCCAAAGAGGCUUCACUGGAGUCGCCUCAUCUUCCUGCUGGGAAUAUUGAUCAUCGGUUCCACCUACCAGCACCUGAGAAGACCCCAGGGCCUCUCCUCGCUGUGGGCAGAAGUCUCUUCGCAACAGCCUGUAAAACUGGCCAGCCGAGAUCUCCCCAGUGAUGGAAUGAUGAUGGGGAGCAGUGAUCCUCCAAAGGCUAGCCCUGAAAUGGAGAGUGAGAUGCUGGUACCCCAUGCCACGGUGGGCAGCGAUGAAGAAACACCUAGCAUAACGAUGGAGAACGCCCCCCAUAUUCCCAGAGGGACAGCUGAGAUUACCCCAACAGCAAUCAAAAAUAAUUACAGCCCAACAGCAGCAGGUACAGAAAGAGUGAAGGAAAACACCCCAACCACAUCUAGUAGAAUAUUGAAUCACUACACCCCAACUUCAAGCAGACAAAAAGUAAAAUAUUAUACCCCAAUACCCAGGGAAGAAAUGAAGAGCUAUAGCCCAACAAAGGCCAGGAGAAAGGUAAGGAAGUACACUCCAUCCCCACCUGGUAGAAUAGUAGACACUUAUGCUCCAUCUAUACUCUUGGCAACGGAAAUAAGCCACACAACCACUCCCAGUUCAACAGUGAAAGACAGUGAAACUACGGCAACCUAUAAAAUAUUAAAAACAAACUCUCCCAAGAGAAUAGUGGAGGAAGCCACCCAAGCUACUCUCAAGGGAAUAGUUGAUAACACCCCAACGUCCCUGACACAUGAGGUAGAAACAAACAUCUUGACUUCUCCAAGGAAUGCAGUGGAAAAGAGCACCCUGACUAUCUCCAGAAGAGUGGAAAAUAACAGCCCAACCAGUGCCUGGAGGUUAGUGGGAAAGAACAACCUGACAGCUCCCCAGAGAACAAUCCUGGAGCACACCCCAGCUGUCCCUGAGGGGCAAGUGACAGGCAGCAGCCCAGCAGAAACAAAAGCCUCUCCUACUGCCCAGAGUUUUAAGAAUUCCCUGCCCAGAACUAGCGCAGCAACCAUCAGACUAGCCCCAGCCACUGUCGGGAGGCUGGCAAAGAAAGCUUCCACAGCACCCAGCACCUCAGCAACCCUCAAGGUCAGGGCAGCUCCGACCACCCAGGUCCAUCACUGUAUGGUUGUGAAGCCAGCCCCUGGCAUGCCCAUCACCCCUUCCCUGAGCCUGACAACUGCCCUGCUCCCAGAGGUGCCCAGCCCCAGUCCCUCAGGGCUGCCUCCCAGCUGGUCAGACCUCUACCCCAAGGCAGAGUAUCCCCCGGAUCUGUUCAGCGUGGAGGAGCGGCGGCAGGGCUGGGUGGUGCUGCACAUCUUCGGCAUGAUGUACGUGUUUGUGGCCUUGGCCAUCGUGUGCGACGAGUACUUUGUUCCAGCCCUGGGUGUCAUCACAGACAAGCUGCAGAUCUCGGAGGAUGUGGCGGGUGCCACGUUCAUGGCUGCCGGAGGCUCCGCCCCUGAGCUUUUCACCUCCCUCAUUGGUGUCUUCAUUUCCCACAGCAAUGUGGGCAUCGGUACCAUCGUGGGCUCUGCUGUAUUCAACAUCCUCUUUGUCAUUGGCACUUGUGCCCUCUUCUCUCGGGAGAUCCUCAACCUUACCUGGUGGCCCUUGUUCCGUGACGUCUCCUUCUACAUCCUUGAUCUGAUGAUGCUCAUCCUCUUCUUCCUGGACAGCCUCAUUGCCUGGUGGGAGAGCCUGCUGCUGCUGCUGGCCUAUGGCCUCUAUGUGCUUGCCAUGAAGUGGAACAGGAAAAUUGAGCGCUGGGUGAAGGAGCAGCUCAGCAGGAGGCCAGUGGCCAAGGUCAUGGCCUUAGAGGAUCUCAACAAGCCGGGCGAUGGGGCCAUUGCAGUGGAUGAUCUACAGGAUAACAAGAAGCUGAAGCUGCCGUCCUUGCUGACCCGAGGGAGUAGCUCGGCCUCUCUGCACAACAGCACCAUCCGCAGCACCAUCUACCAGCUCAUGCUCCACAGCCUGGACCCCCUGGGGGAAGCCCGCCCCUCCAAGGACAAGGAGGAGGAGAGCUUGAAUCAGGAGGCCAGAGCCCAACCCCAGGCCAAAGCAGAAAACAAACCAGAAGAGGAGGAGCCAGCCGAGCUCCCUGCGGUCACCGUUACACCAGCCCCUGCUCCAGACGUCGAGGGAGAUCAGAAGGAAGAUCCGGCUGGUCAGGGAGAUGAGGCAGGAGCUGAGAACCCAGGUGAAAUGACAGGUGAAGAGGGUGAAACUCUUUGUGAAGGUGAAAUUGGAGAGAAAGGUGGAGAUGAAAUUCAACCAGAUGGAAGUGAAGGUGAAACUGAAGCAGAAGGAAAAGGAGAUGGAAGUGAAGGUGAAACUGAAGCAGAAGGAAAAGGAGAUGGAAACAAAGAAAGUGAAGGAGAAAUCCAAGCGGGAGAAAAUGGUGAAAUGAUAGAUGCUGAAGAUGAAAGUGAAGGCCAGAAAUCCAAUGCUGAAAAUCAAGAUGAAGCCAAAAAUGAUGAGAAAGGUGAUGGUGAAGGUGGAAGUGAUGGAGGUGAUAGUGAAGAGGAAGAAGAGGAAGAUGAGGAUGAGGAUGAGGAUGAAGAUGAGGAAGAGGGGGGAAAUGAGGAGCCUCUGUCCUUGGACUGGCCCGAGACCAGGCAGAAGCAGGCCAUUUACCUCUUCCUCCUGCCCAUUGUGUUCCCACUGUGGCUGACAGUGCCCGAUGUCCGGAGGCAGGAGUCUAGGAAGUUUUUUGUUAUCACCUUCCUGGGAUCCAUCAUAUGGAUAGCCAUGUUCUCAUACCUCAUGGUGUGGUGGGCUCACCAGGUUGGUGAAACAAUAGGGAUUUCUGAAGAGAUUAUGGGUUUGACAAUCCUAGCAGCAGGCACGUCAAUUCCUGACCUCAUUACCAGUGUGAUUGUUGCUCGGAAAGGCCUGGGAGACAUGGCUGUGUCAAGCUCUGUGGGCAGUAACAUAUUUGAUAUCACUGUGGGCUUGCCUGUCCCUUGGCUGCUUUUUUCUCUUAUCAAUAGAUUACAGCCUGUUCCAGUCAGCAGCAAUGGCUUGUUCUGUGCAAUCGUUUUGCUUUUUCUCAUGCUCCUGUUUGUGAUCUCUUCAAUUGCGUCAUGUAAAUGGAGAAUGAACAAGAUCCUGGGCUUCACAAUGUUUCUCCUUUACUUCAUAUUCCUGAUCAUCAGUGUGAUGUUAGAAGACCGAAUCAUAUCCUGUCCUGUAACUGUCUGAGUCAGUCACUGUUGCUCAUAAUGGAUAUAGAUCAGAGGAUCAUGCCAGAAGUUAUUGUACCUCUUGUUACAUUAAUGGAAGAAUGAACAUUAUCCAGAAAGUGAACUGAGUGGCCCAGCACCUCCAUUGUGAAUGUGGUCUGGAACUCUGCUUUGUUCUUGGAAACACCUGCAGCUCACUGUGGAUUAAGAACUUCAUCCCUGAAAGGGUGGAGUUCUAACCCCUGACUCAUCUAUCACAUGAAGGCAGUAGAAGAACCCCCGGAGUCAGAGGGGUUUUCUAAAUGAGAAUAGCUGGGGUUGAGGUUGGGACAGACACAGCAAAAAUAAUUCUAUGCUUACAGUUCCCUGAUCAUUCCUAAAGAGCCAUGGGUGAGAUGCAGAUGUGAGCUACAUCUCAGCCCUCUGAAACCUGCCCCAAGCAAAUGCCACAAUUUGGUGUCUCUUCCUUUUUUGCUCAAAACGUGAGGUUCUAUCAGGUUUGUAAUCACUACAGGUUCAGUGAAUGAUGUGUCUAAGGAGCCAAGGCUACAGAAAAAAGGUAUAACAGGAAUCAAUUAUUCUACGUCACGGUCCAGUACAAUGUAUAUCAAAUCUUUUGUAGCUUAAAGGGAUGACUACAUUCACUCUCAUUGCUGCAUUUUUGAAAAGUGAAAUCGAAACAGAAACCAGCCUGAAAAAUGAAAAUUUAUAAUUUUCCCUUGAUUGGAAGGAGUGAAGAUGAAGGAAAGAAAACUAUUUUAAGCACAUUAAAAAUAUGUGCUUAUUAGAAAACCCACUGUCUCUGUCAGUUUUCACCUGGAGGAAUUAGACAUUCUAACCAAGCUGUCGUGGCUCUGCUGUCAUGCUCUGAUCCCAUGUUCUCAUCCAGCAGUGACAGCUGAAUGAGAAGAGAAGUAUUCACAAUUUUAAAGAGUCCAAAGUCAGUAAAGCCAAAUCUGGUUUAUAAAGAAAGAGAUCCAGGGGGACAAUGCUAGUUUUGUCUUUCAACCUAGAUAGGAUUUUAAACCAAGAAGAUUGAUUUUUUUUGAUAUGGUUUAUAAAUGGAUCUUAAGGUAAUUACAAAGGGUAAAUUCCAAAAAUGCUUAACAUAAUAACAUGGUGAGAAAGAACUACUGCUUCUAAGGUAGCUAGUGUAAAGGACACUUGAGUUUUAAAAAAUUUUGUGGUUCAUUGUUUCAUGUGGAAUUUGAUGUGCUUAUAUUUUAAAUACUAGUGCUUGCUGCUGUUACUAGAAUCAAAUUAGGAACACAUUGUACAUGAAACAGUUUUAUAUUACUGGCUUCCGAGCAAAAUGACCUCAGGUAACUGCAUAUUAUGAUGGCAAAUGUGGCUUUAAUGACAGUCCUACAAAAUGAUUAAAGAUGAAAAGACAGAUGUGAUGUGAAAAAAAUCAAAAUUUUGGCUUUGAAGGAUGGCUAAGGUGUUCACAGUACACCAUCUUUUAAGAUGAAAUGGUUAACUUGAUUGAUUGCUUUGCUACCCCAGGAUUCCCAGUCUUUGGAAAUAACUUUUAUUAAAUUUUAACAAAUUAUGAAUCCCACUGGUAUUUUACUUUACAAAAACGGACAGACUCAACCUUAUCUUUAGGCUACUUGGUUAGAAUGCUCAAGAGAAGACUGAUGAAGUGGAUGUGAGGGUCAUCUGGCUGCAACAUCUGUCACCCUAGUGAUCACCAGGGUUGGUUCGUUGGAUCCAGCUGGGUAGGCAGGUGUCCCCUUCCUUCUACCCCACUCCGUGUGUGUCCCUUCUGAAGCUAUUGCUUGAAGAGGAUGACCUUCCCCAACAGCGGAGGACUAUUCUUUGGUCAAGGGUGUAUGAGUAGCUGCUGUUCAAAUUCCAUGUUCUUAAAUUAACUAUCCUCAUUCCUGAUGCUGUUGCACUGCUGGGUUUCCAUAUGCAAUGGCCUAAGAAUAGGAGGAGAGAACAAUGCCUAUGGGAGGGAUACCCCAAUACCAGAAUUCUGGGUGUUAAACUGGUGAUUGCAGCAAUUCCAGUUAGCCUUGGGGAUGUCACCUCCUCACUAACAGCCUGGGAUCUGAUGCUCUUCCUCAGACUGAGGAGUGAUGGCCAGUGAAACAUUCUGUAAUAAAAAAGUACUGAGAUACCCAUUAAUUAUUAAAAACAGCUCUAAUGAUCUCAUAUCCUUUUCCCAGUUUGCUGAAUUUCAGGCAUUACCCUUUGCCUAGAAAGAAGCCCUGAUCACACUGUAACAGAAAAAGACAAAUAUAAAAAAUGAAAGUUGAGUCUUGGUGGAUGAGUAGGAAUUCACCAGGGGAAAGACAGAAGAAAGAUGAUUUCAAGGAGAUGGAAAACUUAUAUAACUUUUGAAAAAUCAAUUGGUUAUGCUUGGAAAUUAGAAUUUUUAUCAUGUAUUUACAAAUCUACUAUAACAUUAAAAUCAUGCUUGUUUAGAGAUAAACUACUAUCUUAAAAUGUCAAGAUAAUACAUGUAUUGAGACAGUCCUCUCAUUUGAUAGGCAAUAUGGUCUACAUAGUUACUGUCACAAAUUCUAUGUAACUCAUUCAGCCUAGAAAUUCUGAACUGUCUCACAUGGGUAUUUGAAUUGGAAGACAGUGGCUACAUGGAUAACUUCUCCUUCCUCCUCCCCUGAGCUGUACUUCUGCAAUGGCCUUGGUAAGAGGUUUGGGUCGGAUUUCUAAAAACGUGAAAUUCUUCCUAAUUUGACAGGUUAAGAUUCUACAUAGCACUAGAAAAAAGGGAUAUAUAUGUUCCAUUUAAUAUGUGUUUAAAUGUUACCGUGCAUUUUGAAAAUUAUAUUGCACUGUCACAUCAAUAGAUCUGAAAACAGUUUUACCAAAUUAUAGGCCUGGCCGGGCGCGGUGGCUCACGCUUGUAAUCCUAGUACUCUGGGAGGCCAAAGCGGAUGGAUUACCUGAGCUCAGGAGUUCAAGACUAGCCUGAGCAGAACAAGACCUCAUCUCUAAAAAUAGCCAGGUACUGUGGCGGGUGCCUAUAGUCCCAGCUACUUGGGAGGCUAAGGCAAGAGAAUUGCUUGAGCCCAAGAGUUUGGGGUUGCUGUGAGUUAAGACACUAUGGCACUCUACCCAGGGUGACCAGAUGAGACUCUGUCUCCAAAAAAAAAAAGAAGAUAUGAUGGUAGAGUGCCAUCACAGCUCACAGCAACCUCAAACCCUUGGGCUUAAGCAAUCCUCUUGCCUCAGCCUCCCAAGUAGCUGGGACUACAGGUGCCCGCCAAAACGCACACUAUAUUUUUUGUUGUAGUUGUCAUUGUUGUUUAGCUGGCCUGGGCUGGGUUUGAACCCGCCAGCCUUGGUAUAUGUGUUCUAGGACUGGUCACUAUGAAAGGUGCAUAGAGAGGGCUCCUGAGAAGAUUGGUGGGGAGAGGCGCAUUAAAGCCUGGCAGGACACCCUGACCCAAGUCUGCUUGCUUGCACAGUUAAAGACACAUACACUGCUGUUCUUGAUGCCCUUCACUGUGAUGGGCGAGCAAAAUCCAGAGCAUUUCAUUUACAGAAAAAUUCAUCAGUUGCUCAAAUAGUUUAUCACAGUACUACAUUUGAGAAGAAAAUCUUUAAAUAUAAAAGGAAGGUGCCAUCCAAAUAAACAGCUACCAUGGAAAGGCAAUGGUAAGCUCAU